CACCAGCCUUCCACACCGUAGGCCCGCUCACUCUCUCGAUAUGGCGCCGUACAUUGAUUCCCCUCCUCCACUUACCUCUUCGACUCACCAGCGUGAAAACGCGGCGUACAAUUCCAAUGCGAACCUUGCGUUUUCGCGAGCGGUCCAGUACAGACAGCUCGUCUCGAGGGCGGUGACGCAGCGCCUGCACUCGCUAUCGCUAGAUGAUCUCACUACCUUCAGCGGCGAUGCGUGGGAAAAGACGGAUCGUGUGAAAGCGAGGGAACGCGUGAGGAGGGAUGUUCAGCUUUUGGGAGUCGCUUGGGGUAUGUACAUACGUGGCAUGGAAAAAAGAAAGGACCGGACAGUGUUGAUUGAGAAUGAUAACGCUGAUGAUGUCAUGGUAGACACGUUUAAGCGGGAUGUCGAGAGGGCGGGGGAGGAGAGACAUGUUCUGAGCCCCGUGAGGUAUGAAGCGGUAAAGAGCGUAAAUGGCAGCGGCAACGGCAAUGGGGACGGGAAGGCGGUUGCGCAGAAUAGAGAGGCUGCGUGUGAGAGGCGAGAAGAUGCGGACCGCGGGGAUGUGGGAGUGCGGGAGCUGCAUGUGAGGCAGCAGGCGCUUGUUGGGAUGUUGAUGAAGCUUGGGAGGCUUAGGGGCGGUGUGUAG